CCCCGAUCCCCCCCGGACCUCCCCAUUUCAACCCCCCCCCCCCCCAAGUCCUUGUCCCUGUCCCCGUGUCCCCAACACCCCCCCCUCUCCUCUUUGUCACAUCAUCCCCCCCCCCCGUGUCACCCCCCCACCCGAGGCCGAGAUGUGGCUGAACCCACCAGGACCGAGCCCAGGCCAGCUCUCCCCACCAUGACCCCCGUGAGCAGCAUGUUCUUCACCUUGGCCUUGGCCUGCGCCAGCCCCUUCCUGGCCCCCGAGGGCCCCCGGCGGGCCCUGAACGUGGCCGUGAUCCUCAGCGGCUCCUCCUAUGGCCCCGCGGGGCCGCGCCUGGCCCCGAGCCCCUUCCAGGGCUUCUCCUUCGAGGUGAACCCCAUCGGGGUCGUCCUCAACGACACCAACCCCCGGAGCCUCAUCGUGCGCCUCUGCGACGUCCUCUCCUCCCUGCGCAUCCACGGCGUCGUCUUCGAGGACGACACCACCUCCGAGGCCCUGGCCCAGAUCCUCGACUUCAUCUCGGCGCAGACGGCCGUGCCCAUCGUGGCCAUCAACGGGGGGUCUGCCGUGGUCCUCACGCCCAAGGAGAAGGGCUCCACGUUCCUGCAGCUGGGCUCCUCCACGGAGCAGCAGCUCCAGGUGAUCCUGGAGGUGCUGGAGGAGUACGACUGGACGUCCUUCGCCGUCCUCACCACGCUCCUGCCGGGCCACGAGGACUUUGUGGACUACGUGGAGGUCUUGACCGACAGCAGCUUCAUCGGGUGGGAGCAUCGCGGCGUCCUCACCCUCAACCUGACCGACGAUCCUGACGGAUCCCGCCUCCGGCGCCAGCUCCGGGACGUCACUGCUCAGAUCCGGCUGCUCUAUUGCUCUCGGGAUGAGGCCGAGACCAUCUUCCACGCGGCCCAUGACGUUGGCUUGACCGGCCCCGGUUACAUCUGGUUCCUGGUGGGGACCAACCUCGCCGGCAGCAGCCAGCUCCCCGAGCACGUCCCGCUGGGGCUGUUCGAGGUGCUGUCGGCGGGGUGGAGGGAUGACCUGCAGCACCGGCUGCACAACGGGGUGGCCAUCGUGGCCAAAGGGGCUGAAGCUCUUCUGAGGGACUAUGGCUUCAUCCCCGAGUUCAACAACGACUGUCGGGCGCCCAACGUCACCCAGAUCAAUGAGAACCUCCAUCGGUACUUCAUGAACAUCACGUGGGGACAGAAGGACUUCUCCUUCAAUGAGGACGGUUACCUCGUGAACCCCUCCCUGGUUGUCAUCUCCCUCACCAAGGAGCGCAGCUGGGAGGUGGUGGGCAGUUGGGAACACCAAAUCCUCCGCAUGAAAUACCCGGUUUGGUCCCGUUACGGGAAGUUCCUCCAACCCGUUGACGACAACCAGCACCUCAUGGUGGCCACCCUGGAGGAACGUCCCUUUGUCAUCGUGGAGAACAUCGACCCCUCCACCGGCACCUGCAUCCGCGACUCCGUGCCCUGCCGCAAGCAGCUCAACCGCACCUCCAGCCCCACCAUGGAGCUCUUUGAGAAGAAGUGCUGCAAAGGUUUCUGCAUCGACAUCCUCAAGCGCUUGGCCCGCGCCGUCGGCUUCACCUACGACCUCUACCUGGUCACCAACGGCAAACAUGGCAAGAAGAUCGAUGGGGUGUGGAACGGAAUGGUGGGAGAGGUGUUCUAUGGCCGCGCCGACAUGGCCAUCGGCUCCUUGACCAUCAACGAGGAACGUUCCGAGAUCAUCGACUUCUCGGUGCCCUUCGUGGAGACCGGGAUCAGCGUCAUGGUGUCCCGCAGCAACGGCACCGUGUCCCCGUCCGCCUUCCUGGAGCCCUACAGCCCGGCCGUGUGGGUCAUGAUGUUCGUCAUGUGCCUCACGGUGGUGGCCGUCACCGUCUUCAUCUUCGAGUACUUCAGCCCCGUGGGCUACAACCGGAGCUUGGCCACGGGACAACGUGCCGGCGGCUCCACCUUCACCAUCGGCAAAUCCAUUUGGCUCCUGUGGGCUUUGGUCUUCAACAACUCGGUGCCGGUGGAGAACCCCAAAGGCACCACCAGUAAGAUCAUGGUGCUGGUCUGGGCCUUCUUCGCCGUCAUCUUCCUCGCCAGCUACACCGCCAACCUGGCCGCCUUCAUGAUCCAGGAGGAAUACGUGGACACCGUGUCAGGCCUCAGCGACCGCAAGUUCCAGCGCCCGCAGGAGCAGUACCCGCCGCUGCGCUUCGGGACGGUGCCGAACGGCAGCACGGAGAAGAACAUCCGCAGCAACUACCCGGCCAUGCACAGCUACAUGGUGCGCUUCAACCAGCGCGGCGUGGAGGACGCGCUGCAGCACCUCAAGACAGGGGGCCGGGGGCGGGGCCGUGCCCGUGCCCAACCCGCGGCGCGGCAGGAAGCUGGACGCGUUCAUCUACGACGCGGCGGUGCUGAACUACAUGGCGCGGAAGGAGGAGGGCUGCAAGCUCGUCACCAUCGGCUCGGGCAAGGUCUUCGCCUCCACCGGCUACGGCAUCGCGCUGCAGCGCGGCUCCCGCUGGAAGCGCCCCGUGGACCUGGCGCUGCUGCAGCUCCUGGGAGAUGAUGAGAUCGAGAUGCUGGAGCGGCUGUGGCUGUCGGGGAUCUGCCACCAGGAGAAGCUGGAGGUGAUGAGCAGCAAGCUGGAC